UUAAAUAUGUGGAAGGCUACAGCUGGUUUACAAAUACAAAACUCUGGUACGGCUGCAGAAGAUGAUGAUUGGGAAACCGAUCCAGAUUUUGUAAACGAUGUUAGUGAGCAAGAGCAACGAUGGGGAUCAAAAACCAUUGAAGGUAGUGGACGCACUGCUGGAGCGAUUGAUAUGGAAAAAUUGCGUUUAGAGACCGAAAAAGCUGAUCAAGAGAAAAAGAAAAAAGAAAUUGAAGAGUUAAACCCUGGUUAUGGUUAUGGUGGAAAAUUUGGCAUUCAAACAGAUCGUAUGGAUAAAUCAGCGGUAGGGCAUGAUUAUCAAGGCAAAGUGGAAAAACAUGCUUCACAAAAAGACUACAGUGAAGGAUUCGGUGGCAAGUUUGGUGUACAAACAGAUCGUGUAGAUAAAUCGGCUGCUGGAUGGGAUCAUGUUGAGAAAGUAGAAAAACAUGCAUCGCAAAAAGACUAUGCAACUGGCUUUGGAGGCAAAUUUGGUGUACAAAAAGAUCGUGUAGACAAAUCUGCCGUUGGCUGGGAUCAUGUCGAAAAAGUUGAAAAGCAUGAGUCACAAAAAGAUUACAGUAAAGGUUUUGGUGGUAAGUUUGGAGUACAAGAAGAUCGUAAAGAUAAGUCUGCUGUAGGAUGGGAUCAUAUUGAAGCACCACAAAAGCAUGAAAGUCAAUUAGAUCACAAAGUUGGUUUUGGUGGAAAGUUUGGUGUGCAAAAAGAUCGUAUGGAUAAAUCUGCCGCUGGUUAUGAUGACAGUGAUAAAAAAGCGAUAGGUACUAGUUACACAAAAGUCAAACCGAACAUUGAGGGUGCUAAACCAUCUAAUUUGCGUGCAAAAUUCGAAAAUCUUGCCAAAAAUACCGAAGAGGAAACGAGGAAACGCGCCGAGGAACAAAAACGUAUACGUGAAGAGAAAGAUAAACGUGAUCGUGAGUUAGCAGCCAAAAGGACAGUCGUUGAAAAUACACCAUUGCCAGCAGCUGAGGAAGCGCGUGCACCACCACCAAAAGGUGCACGUACUAAAAUUAAUACCGGACGUGAAAGCAGUAUUGGUAAUGCUAUUAGUGCAUUUAAUCAAAUGCAAUCGCCAACGCAAGAAACACCUCCACCACGUAAAGAACCAAUUACCAUACCAAAAGCAACAAAACAGGAUGAGCCGAAAAAGGUGGAAUGGGAUUCAGAAGUUGAAAAAACUAAAACUAUUAGUGUGCAUGAAACUAAAAUUAAAGAGACUGUUACAACUUUACCACCGGAUGUUAUACCAGCUAUAGAAAUACAUCAAGUCGCUACGCCGCCAGAAAUAGAAUCACCACAAAAAACUGUCGCUGUUGAACCGGAACCAGUUUAUCAAAAUCAGGAUGAAAUCAUACAGCAAGUUAUUGAUGUUGUACCAAAAGUAAUUGAACCUAAAGUAGAACAAAGCCCAGUUAAUGCCCAACAAAAUACACCAGUAACUACUAAUAUUAAUACAACUCCUGAUGCGAUUGUUACCACACCAACUUCCACAUCUUCCACAACAGCUGCACAGCCAGAAGAAGCAAUUUAUGCCAAUUCAGAAAAUUUAUCUGAUUAUAUCGAAGACACUGGUAUACAUGCUAUUGCUUUGUAUGAUUAUCAAGCAGCAGAUGAUGAUGAAAUAUCAUUUGAUCCUGAUGAUACAAUUACACAUAUAGAAAUGAUCGAUGAAGGUUGGUGGCGUGGCCUGUGCAAAAAUCGUUAUGGACUAUUCCCUGCAAAUUAUGUGCAAAUACUGAAUCAACAGCAGACAUAAAAAAAUUAUUACUGACUUUUUAAAACAACAAUAAUGCAAACGGCAGACAAUGUUGGCAAUAUAAUACAUGGAGACAUACUUGAACUCUGCAAUUUUUGGCAUUUUCUAAAUUUAAUAAGCGGUAGUAUUAUAUUUUAUUAUUUUAAUUAU